AUGAGGGUGCUGCAGCUGGGUGCUCUGCUGGUGUUGGUCUUCAUGCCCAGCACCCAACUGGUGUGGCUAGGAAGACUGAACCCCAAGCAGCUUCUUGGGCCCUGGUACCUCCUUGCCGUGGCCUCCCACGAGAAGGGCUUCAUGGUGGAGAAGAACACAAAGUACGUAGAAGGCGUCAUGGUGACUCUCACCCCAGAAAACAACCUGAAGGUUCUGUCCACUCGGCAUGGGCUGGAGGGGUGCACCCAGAACGCGAUGGAGCUGUCCAGGCAGAGCUCCCGAUGGGUGUUUGAGAACCCCGCCCUGGGUGUGCUGCAGUACCGGGUGCUGGGCACCAACUUCAGAGACUACGCCAUUGUCCUGACCCAGAUGGAGGUCGAGGAGGAGGCCUUCAACACGCUGGAGCUGUACAGCCGGAUGGAGAUGGCCAGCCAGGAGGCCCUGCAGCUCUUCACCAAAUGGAGCAGGAACCUGGGCUUCCUAUCCCAGCAGCAGGCCCAGCUGCAGAAGGACUUCACCUGUGCACGCAGGAUCCUCCAGGAGGCUGAGGGUGGCCCACUGCUGGCCAGCUGGCCCCCAGUGCUCAUCCUGUUUCCACCUGCCCGACAGUACCUGCUCAAGCACUGUGACCUCAAAAAACGUGGCUUCCAAAUCGUGUUCCUAGAGGCCACCGUGUCACAUCCAGAGUGCACACCUGUCCCAGGCACAGUCCAUGAGGCCCUGGCCCUUUGCUUCACACCUGGGGUUCCAGGAUGA